AUGUUUCCAUCGAUUCCACCUUCAACUGAUCAACAUCAACUUCAAAAUCAAAGAAUAUCAACUAGAUUAUUCAUCAUUCUAUUAACUUUAUCAUUAGCUAUCCUUGUCUUAUACACUUCACUUAUCAAUGUCACCAAAACUAUUGAUAUAAGUUCACCCACAAUCGCACAAUACUCACAACUAUAUUCAACUUAUCCACAAACACUAUCAUGUGCAUGCACAGAUAUAUCCAUCGAUUAUGAUAAAUUUCUGCAAGUCAACUAUACACUACAUCAAAUAUGUACAAGUACUUUUAUUACUGAUGAAUGGAUUGGCUAUCUUUAUAAUGCUCGCCCAACAGGUACCUUAAAUAGCGAUGACUUUCGAAACGCCGGCUUAUUUAUAUUUCAAGCUCUAAAUGCCUUUUGCCAAUUAUCUACUCAAACAAUAUCCAAUCAGCUUACUCAGUUUUACUCAAGUCAAUAUGUUAGUGCAUCUGUCACACCAUUAGAAGUAUUUCAGACACAAACUCAAGCAUUUGUUUCACAGUUUACAUCAUCUGUGACUAAGGACUUCAUAUUAUCACUUUCAACAAUAAGAAAAACAACUCAAAGUAAUGCAUUACUUAAUGGACAACUCACUAACUAUUAUCUUUCUGGAGACAUUAGUAACAAUGUAAAUGCAUAUCCUUUAACAUAUGGUGAUUGUGGUUGUAAGUUUUCAGCAGUAUGUAGUUAUGAGCUUGUAAUAUAUACCUGGCACAGUAAACUGUACAUUUUUACUGGUGGAGUUAU